GCUUGCAGGUGUAGUGUUUAAAUUUCACACAUGCUGCCAGUUUAGAGAGUUAAACUGGGAAAUAUUAUCUGACAGGCUUUUUAAAUGUCUCUCUCAUGUGAGGAGCUAAAACCUGAACGUUUCCUUUCCAGCAGGAUUCCUCUCUGAAGUCUUUCUUCUGACGCACUCUCUGUCCUGAUACGUAGGGCUCAGCCUCUGUAACCACACCUGAACCUUACAGUUUAAAAAUACUUCAACAUGAAUGAAUUCUCUUGCAGAUGGUGACUCUUUUGAACAGACUGACAGUCGAGAGUCACUACACUACAAAGUCACUACUGAAAGGGCUUGUUGACCCACAGUGUCACAGGAGAAACAUGUGUUAUCACAAAAGCUGAUAGCAUUUGUUUCUGACUUCACUGUUUUGUACCAAGUACAACACACUUCCUGUUCCCUGAACAAGCUGAGACAAGGGGGACAAGUCAUCAGGUGAGCUGUCAGGACAAACUGUUAAGCUCACUUCUCAGGGAUGACCAGUGCUCGGCUGCUGAAAACUUCACCAGAAGAGUCUUUGUUUGGCGCCCAGCCUGCCCUCAGGAUGGCAUCCACUCUGUCCGCUGUACCCCAUGGUGGCGUCCUCGGCCCCUCGUCACCCACUCCAGCUGUCUGGCCUCCUCUGGACUUCGCCCUUGGUGCUCUUGCCUGCUGUGCCGCCUGUGUGUUCACCAAUCCCCUGGAAGUUGUAAAGACCCGUCUGCAGCUUCAGGGAGAGCUGCGUGCACGGGGAUCCUACCAGAGACACUACCACGGCGUCCUGCAGGCCCUCUGGGUGGUGGGCCGCACUGAUGGGCUCCGGGGCCUGCAGAAGGGGCUCUCAGCCGGGCUGAUAUACCAGGGAGUGAUGAACGGUGUGAGGCUGGGCUCCUACUCCUACUGUGACGCUCUGGGUAUCACCAAGUUCCACGGCGGGAGUCUGCUGUCAGGGGCAGGGGCUGGGGCGCUGGGUGCAUUUAUUGCCUCUCCUGCCUACCUGGUGAAGACCCAUCUGCAGGCUCAAACGGUGGAAGCCAUAGCAGUAGGCCACCAGCAUAACCAUCUGGGAGUCUCUGAUGCCUUUGCUACCAUCUAUAGAAGAGAAGGUUUCAUUGGCCUUUGGAGGGGUGUGAACGGGGCUGUGCCUCGAGUCAUGGUGGGAUCAGCUGCUCAACUGUCAACCUUCACCUCAGCCAAAGACUGGGUGUCACAUUCCCAGUGGUUUAGUCCACAGUUCAGUAACAGCUGGCUCACGGCUUUGAUAGCUGCCAUGAUAAGUGGAGUCGCUGUGGCAAUCACCAUGACACCAUUUGACGUCAUUAGUACACGUCUGUACAACCAGCCGGUGGAUGAGUUUCAUAGGGGGCGUCUGUAUCAUGGAUUUUCAGAUUGUAUGCUGAAGGUGUGCCAAGCUGAGGGCGUGCUGGGGUUAUACAAAGGCAUGGGCCCUGUUUUCCUGCGUUUGGCCCCACACACAGUGCUCAGUAUGCUGUUCUGGGAUUUGAUGAGGCAACAGACCGUGAAGGACAACCAGAGGCAGGGAAGGAGCUAAAAUAUCCAACACCUACGUGUCACUGACUGGUCUCAGUUACAGCUAUCGAAGAAGUGGUCCAUCAGUUAAUUGAAUACUGAAUUUAAAAGCAAAUGUUCAACAUUUUAGUAAAGUUAUGUAAAUGUUCAAGUAUUUGAAUGGUCAUCCAUCUUCCUUGCAUCAGACAGAGCAAGUCUCACUUAAAGGAAGAGUUUGACAUUUUGGGGAAUCUGCUCAUUCAGUUACAUGAUAAGAUUGAUACCACUCUCGUGUCUGUGUCGUAAAAAUGACGUUACCACCAUCUGCUGGUUAGCUUAGCUUAAGCCCCAUCCACACUACUGCGUUUUCGUUUUAAAAUGGAGACCUUUUGCUGCAUUUGCACCUCCCGUCCAGACUAAAAUGGCGAAAACGAAGACCUGAAAUGGAAAGGUUUUGAAAUGCUGCCGACUCCGUUUUUCGUUUUGAAACUCCGGAAGACGUUUUAGUGGAGACGUGGCAAGGAGGACGGAGGACUUUGACGCAGUCGGUCAUGCUUGGCUCUCUCAUUGGGCCUUAUAAUAAACUGUAUGGGUCAUAUCAGUCAUGCAAAGCAGACACACGGUGCUACUGACAGAGUUUUUGACUUUGUAUUUUUAUUAAAAUAUUCUGUACCACGCACUUAUCUGCCUACACCUGUACUGUGCAUGUCGCCGUUUACUUUGCAACAACUCCCAGUCUGUUUUACGCUGCCACAGCCUUUUAAUUCCUGUGUUACAUUCAGUAACAGUCCCAUCUCCUUAUUGGUCCAUGCAAAGAAAAUCUGGUCUGAUUCUUUGUCUGCAUUACUUUAUUCUUUUGUCUGUAACUACAGAAUAGACCAU